GAAGAGGGCGGCGCUGAAGAUGUAGAUAUGGGUCAGUGUUUGGAGGAGUUGGGCGUUAAGGCCGGCGAUUCCAGAGAUAGCUUAGGGAGGGGUCGGUUCUUCCCGUUUGUUCCCGAACAUCAUGUCAUUCCCGGACACGUGGACAAGUCGUUCUGGUACUGGCAGUACAUAUACUAUCCCUCACAAGAAGGAAUGGGCUGUUGUAGUGAUACCGCCAUAUCUUUCCAUUACGUCAACCCUAAUAUGAUGUAUGUCUUGGAGUACUUGUUAUACCACUUGCGUCCGUACGGCAUAAACACUCAAAUUACAGUCGAGUCGAGCGCUCAAAACGGUGCCGUCGAUGACCAGCACAUGACUGCUCCCAUCACACGUCGACGGAAACGUUGGGCCACAAGUGUGGGACACACCUAUGACUUCAAAGACAGUAUUAUUCCGGACCACUUAUUCCAAGGUGCUUUCAACUACUCAUACCAUCACUACCUUCAAGACAAUGAUUGGUUCCUCAAAGCAGAUGACGACACAUAUAUUGUGGUCGAGAAUCUGCGGUACUUUCUAUCGUCACAAAACGCAUCCGAACCCAUUUACUUCGGAUGUAAAUUCAAACCAUACGUCAAACAGGGGUAUAUGUCCGGUGGAGCGGGAUAUGUGUUAAGCCGACAGGCGCUCAAACUGUUCGCUGAGAAAGGUCUGAGCGAUGGACACCCGAAACGUUGCAAAGAGAGUGAAGAGGGCGGCGCUGAAGAUGUAGAUAUGGGUCAGUGUUUGGAGGAGUUGGGCGUUAAGGCCGGCGAUUCCAGAGAUAGCUUAGGGAGGGGUCGGUUCUUCCCGUUUGUUCCCGAACAUCAUGUCAUUCCCGGACACGUGGACAAGUCGUUCUGGUACUGGCAGUACAUAUACUAUCCCUCACAAGAAGGAAUGGGCUGUUGUAGUGAUACCGCCAUAUCUUUCCAUUACGUCAACCCUAAUAUGAUGUAUGUCUUGGAGUACUUGUUAUACCACUUGCGUCCGUACGGCAUAAACACUCAAAUUACAGUCGAGUCGAGCGCUCAAAACGGGGCCGUCGAUGACCAGCACAUGACUGCUCCCAUCACACGACGGAAGCGUUGGGCGACAAGUCUGGGACACACCUAUCACUUCAAAGACAGUAUUAUUCCCGACCACUUAUUCCAGUGAUAUGUCCCAAACAACUGGACUCUCCAUCGGAUGUCUACCAAACAUUAUGUCAUUCAUUAGAACCUACAACUUGUGAUAACUUUUGGAUUUAUUGAUUACUAUUUUUACACAAAAUCGCAAAAACAUUGUCUUUUAGUGAUUAUAUGUCUCAACAUUCCAUUCGUGCCAUCGUUUGCUUCAAAAUAGUUUAAAUUUAAUUUAAUUGCAAUUCAUUUCUAGUCAGUAUUAUUUUAAGUCAUUUGUCAACAAUUACCUGAUCUUUGUUACAAUCAAAAGCCA